CAAGACAACCUCGUCUCAGGUGAGAGGCAACCCCGUCCUGCUCAGCUGCAAGCUGUUUGUCUGACAUCCAACAAGUAUGGGUUCCACCGCCCCCGAAUUCGUGCCGUCUUUCACUCCGCUGGAGCUCAUUGGCCCGAAGGGAUACAUUCGUUACGUGUUUACCUUUCCCCUGGCUAACGACUAUAAUUUGGAAGAAGUAGCAGGGGUCUUGAAGGCCGGCUACACGGCUGCUACGCAGCGGCUCCCCGUCAUCGCAAGUGAGGCCAUCCCGGACCCAAAUGCCAGACAGGGCGGUGUGAUGAAGCUCCAGAAGGUGGAUGAGAGUAAGGAUGAAGCCGUUCUGGUCAACGAUAUGCGCACGGAUGCCUUCCCGAGUUAUGCCGAUCUCAGGGCGCAGCACUUUCCUGUCGCCGCCUUUGAUGCUGACACACUCUGUCGGGGUGAUGUCUGGCCUACGCCGGGCGAGCCGUUGCCCAUCUCGCUGAUUCAGGCCAACUUUAUCCAGGGAGGACUGAUCCUGGCAUGGAACAUUCUGCACAUGGCUGGCGAUGGGACCUCGUUUCAGAUCUGGAUGCAGGUCUGGGCGGAAGAGUGCCGACGCGCGCAAGGCCUCGAUAUCGGCGAGUCAGACGUGUUGCCUCCGGUUAUUUUCGAGGACCGCGAACGAACGAUGCGUUCGUCCGGACGUAACCCAGGGCGACCAGAGGACCACCCGGAGUACAUCGUCCUACCCGUCACGCCCCCUGCAGGUAUACCUCCAAAGAUGCUCUCCAAGAACCAUCGUGCGCAGGUGUUUUAUUUCUCCCCUGAGGCCUUGUCGGCAUUGAAGGCAGAAGCGUCUCCGGCUAAUGCGACGGAGCCAACCGAGGUAUCCUGGGUCUCCACCAAUGACGCUCUGUCUGCCUUAUUAUGGCGAACUGUAAUGGCAGUCCAGUGGCCUCUGGAGCAACUGGAAGGCGAUCCUGUAUCGCUCUUCAACAUCGCUCUAAAUGGUCGCCUGCGAACAGACCCACCGGUUCACCCCGACACUCUGGGCUGCUUCCUGGAAUACAUUGGGGUAUCCAUGCCUGUGCGAAAGAUGCUGGGUUCUGCCAGCUUGGCCGAUCUGGCUGCAUUGAUCCGCCAGGAGCUGCAGCGGCUGGACGGGCAGUUCACGGACGACGUGAUCACUCUCAUCGAGGGGCUCGAUGACAUUCGGAAGAUCUUUCCGGCAUCCCUGGUUGACCUGCCGGGGUUUAAUUGCAUGCUGUCAUCGUGGAUUGGCUUUAAGCUGUAUGAUAUUGACUGGGGCACGUUGCUGGGCGGGCAUAUUGAGUCGGUCCGGACUCCACAUGUGGGAAUUAUCAACGGUCUGCAGAUAGUCCUGCCGAGUCCUCCCGAGGGAGGAAUGGAGGUUGUGAUAGGCGUGGCGGAUGGCUGUUUGGAGCGGUUGCUUAAUGAUCCAUUGUGGACGAAGUAUGCGGUGGCGCGGUAGGCACCUUUAACGUUGGUAUGAUGCUUCUGCAGCGUUCCUGUGUUGUAGGAGACAAAUGAUGAAGAAUAUGACAGCGUAUAUAAGUG